GCCACCGUUUCUGGGGUGGGCCGGAAGCGGCGGGGCCGGGCCGGGCGGCGAUGGCGGCCGGCGGCGCAGCACGGGCCGCGUUGCUGUUGCUGCUGGGUGCAGCGGCGGCGCCGGGCCCGGCCCGGGGCUCGCAGGGAGACCGGGAGCCGCUGUACCGCGAGUGCCUGGGCCGCUGCGAGCGGCAGAACUGCUCGGGGGCGGCGCUGCGGCACUUCCGCGCCCGCCAGCCGCUCUACAUGGGCCUGACAGGCUGGACCUGCCGCGACGACUGCAAGUACGAGUGCAUGUGGCUGACGGUGCGGCUCUACGUCCAGGGCGGCCACAGGGUGCCCCAGUUCCACGGCAAGUGGCCCUUCUCGCGGUUCCUGUUCUUCCAGGAGCCGGCCUCCGCCUUCGCCUCCUUCCUCAACGGCCUGGCCAGCUUCGUCAUGCUGCUGCGCUACAAGGCCGCCGUCCCCCCGGCCUCCCCCAUGUACCCCACCUGCGUCGCCUUCGCCUGGGUCUCCUUAAACGCCUGGUUCUGGUCCACCGUUUUCCACACGAGGGACACGGCUGUGACGGAGAAACUGGAUUAUUUCUGCGCUUCGGCCGUCGUCCUGCACUCCGUGUACCUGUGCUGCGUCAGGACGCUGGGGCUGCAGCGGCCAGCCUUAAUCAGCAUCUUCAGGGCCUUCCUCCUCCUCUUCCUCGCCUGCCACAUCUCCUACCUGACCCUCGUCCGCUUCGACUACGGCUACAACAUGGCUGCGAACGCGUCGAUCGGGCUCCUGAACCUGGCGUGGUGGCUGCGGUGGUGCCUGCGGAACCGCCCGCGCCUGCCCCACGUCUGGAAGUGCGCGGCCGUGGUGCUGCUGCUGCAGGCGCUGGCGCUGCUGGAGCUCCUCGACUUCCCCCCCCUCUUCUGGGUGCUGGACGCCCACGCGCUCUGGCACAUCGGCACCAUCCCCCUCAACGUCCUCUUCUACAGUUUCCUGAUGGACGACAGCCUCUACCUCCUCAAGGCCAACUCCGACCUCUUCAAAGCGGACUAGAGCUGCCGGGGCGGGGGGAGCGCAGCCCUUCACCCCCCCCGGGGUCCUGCCCUGUCCUGUGCCAAGUGAACCCCCAGCCCCCCCAGACCCCCUCGGCCACAGGCUCCUUCCCCCAGUUGCCUUCUGAGGUUUGUUUUUCUCUCCAGGCCCCCCCCCAUCUCCCCUCUCUGGGGUGCCGUGGUGCUGGGCCCCCUCCUUGCUGCUUGCACGGGGGCCAAGGGCAGCCGAGCCCCCCCGGGCCCCCCCCGGCUGCCGGUGCUGAGCUGGGGGCCCUCCCUGCUGUGGAGCCCAGCAGCCGCGAGGUGGCAAUCGCUGCUGGGGGUGGGGGGGGGAUGUGGGUGACGGGGGGG